AUGUCCAUCAACAAUAUCCCAGACGCAUUUGACGAAUAUUUCAAGCAACCCCCCCACUCCUGGAACAUUCAAACCUUUUUGCAACGAGCCGUAGACAACGCCAGCUUGCAGGGGCAUCGCUAUAACCAAGACCUCACCCAUCAGGCGUGGAAUAGGAACAUCAGAACCCUCAUUCACGAUAUCGAUCCGCAACGCAGUAAACGCGCUGGCGAGCUGCUAAGGAAGUGGUCCGCCAAGGGUCACAAGUCUGAUAAGGCACUCGCAAAACGAUUUCACACCGCUGCACAGUCGCCUCGCCCCAAAAGCAAAGUCUUCAUUAAUCGCACCCAAAUAGAAACCAACUUGGGAAAGGUCUACACAGGCCGUAUUUUGAAACUCAAGAAGCCUCGCAACAAGAAGGCAGAUACCCCUGAUACGUCGGUCGGCAGCGCUGAUACGUCGGUCGGCUGCACUGAUUCUCCACCUGACUCCACCGAAUCUGCUGAACCUGACACCAUAUAUCUGAUGGAAUUAGACCCCGCAGAAAAAUUAUGUUUACCUACUGGAAAAUACCUCGAGGACAUCAUUCUUAGAUAUGCCCGAAGUGUAGAGGCUCUGGACUUGAGCCAUUGGCGCAUUAUAGACUCUGCUGAUAUUGAACUUCGCGCAAUACUCCACCGUCACCUGUGGGAGUCACUUCCCGAACUUAAUGAAGAUUAUCCCCAAUGCCCGGCUUGGUUCUCGGCCCAUGCUGAUAAAUAUAAAAUGGUGCGAGAUCUUCCUGCAUGUGACAAGGUUUCUGAACUGAAGGACCCUCAACACGAUCCCUUUGUGAUCCGCUGGAUUAACCGUUCCUAUGAGCAUAUCGUAUCUCUCCUCACUCACUCCCAUUUACUCAGUCAACCGCUUGGCGAAGGGGCCUGGGAAGGUAUAUAUUGGAACAUUAUUGACCUCUCUUUCACGAACCUGCCUGAUUUAUGGCUUCAAAGACGCGACAUACCUCUAUCUUGUGCAGCAACUGAUACCACGCUUCUUGUUGACGCCGCCUACCGCCAUGACGGCGAUGGGAAGGUUGUCCAUCAUGACGCAGAAACUGUGAAGAAACUUUCAGUUGUUGGCAUUAUCCAAGCCGGCCCCAACACUAUGGUGUUUAUCAUGCGCUGUGUUGGACCGAACCUUUACACCCUUCGUCGCGGCUCCCGCCAUUCUCUUCCUAACCACAUUGCGCACAUUCAUACAUUGGACCGUGUUUUGGCUGCAAUCUGGAUUGCUCGGGAAUGUAUUCAAAACUCUUACCGCGCAGUUUCGGAAUAUAUGGCCCACCCUGGCUCACAACGCUAUUCUAAUUCUAUGAACUCUCCUUCGUUUUUGUGA